UUCGUUACAGCAACUUAUGCUCGAACGCAUAAAAAAGCUGUUGCAAUCAUUUAUUUACCCAAAAAGCAUGGAGCAGUUGGCACAGUUUGUGACAAAAUCGUUUGAAUUUAAUUUAACCAAUAACAGUGUACACGCCUUAUUUAAUUCGAUGACGGGCGCGCGAAUUAAAAAGCCCACGGAAGUGAAAAACUCCAUAUUCAUUAAUUCCUUAAGUUCCGGCGGAAGUUACGCUGAAACUUGCGCGAGUGGUGAAGAAUCCGUGGAUAUAGACAUCACCGAUUUGUCCGUUUCGGAGAGCAAUACGAUCCUUCCCGCUGAUCCGGAACCUAUUGAGGAAUCCCAUUCGGAGGAAGUAGCGGAAACACAUAGAAUAAGCCCGAGUUUUCGCAAGGCUGUCGAGCCCAAACCCAAAAACUGGCUAAUAUCUGAAGAUUUGGACGUGGACUCCCAGCCGGAAGAUCCAAAAAUCUCUGUAGUAGUAGCCGCUAACAUAAGCGAGGGCACGGAUGACAGUAACACACCGAAAUUAGCUCCCGACAAGCCGAUCUUACCAGAAAAGUGUGGAUCCCCGGAACCGAGUAGAGUGCGGGAGCACUGCGACCACCUGGAUGCAUCGGUGGUAAAUACGAAACAGAGGAGAUCCCGGACCAACUUCACACUGGAUCAGCUCAACGAACUGGAGCGACUCUUCGAGGAAACGCACUAUCCCGAUGCCUUUAUGCGCGAGGAAUUGAGUCAGAGGUUGGGACUCAGCGAGGCCAGAGUGCAGGUUUGGUUUCAAAAUAGAAGGGCAAAGUGCAGAAAGCACGAAAACCAAAUGCACAAAGGAUUCUUGGUGGGCAGUCGAAGUCCUCCCAUCGCCACUCCAUUGGAACCGUGCCGCGUCGCUCCUUACGUCAGCUUGGCCGCCCUUAGAAGCUCAUCCGUUCCGUCUCAUCCUGCUACUGCGACCAGUGCCAAUCCCCAGGCACCACCGAGUGGAGCGACUCCCGGAAAAGUGGUUCCUGUUGAAUCUCCGGCGAUAUCCCGUUCGGCUAUCAAGCAGUUUUCCAGCACGGUUGCCGCAGCAGCCGCCUUUUCCGCUUUUGACCCAGCAAUUAUUUCGGUGGCAGCUCAUCAGUACGCUGCUGCCAUAACAAAUGGAACCGUGCCGGCCGGACUUUUCUCCGUGCCACAAUAUUCAAUAAAUCUGGCUGCUUUCGCCGCCGCCCACAGCAAAAGUUCCAGCAUAGCAGAUCUUAGGAUGAAAGCCAAAAAACACUCGGAAUCGUUGGGACUUCAAGCAGAUAUGGUUCUUUAGUAAACAGCUUCAUAUAGAAUAUAAAAAUGUACAUUCAAUCGAUGAUAUGGUAAUAUUCCGUUUAUCAUCGUUAUAAAAAAGCAUAGCCACAUUUAUUUAUUUAAUAAAAGUUUUACUAAAUAAAUCUAACGAAUAAGAUUGAUUUAAAACAAUAUCGACAAAUAAAAGAACUGUUUUUGAACGUGUCUUGGGACUUAUGUUAUGAUUGAUUUCCUGCAAAAAAUGUUAUGCUUCAUUAUAUAACAUUUUGGUAAGCAAUAUGUGUUCUACAUAAAAAACAUAUUUUUUUCGAAUAAAAAAUUAAUUGCUUAAGUUCUAUUUGCCAUUCACUUCAAACAAAAUUACGUUGUUUAUUUGCUCGCAUAAAAAAUGU